AUACUAAAUUUAAUCCUUCAAUAUCACUGUAUUAAUGCAUUAAGCCACGUUAAGUGUUUCUUUAUAACGGGUUUCUGUGGGAGAGAGAACACUUAAAGUAAAAAUAUUGUCCUUCCACUUGGAUGACGGUGCCGCUGUCUGAGCAGUAGAUAGUGUUUAUGACAAGAGAAAUGUGAGAGAAAAAUGCUUUUUCGGUGUUUUAGGACAUUAGACCACGUUAAGCGCUUUAGAAUGUCCCUGAGUGUGAGUGUGUGUGUGUGUGUUUAUUACCUGUCUAAGUCACUGCCCCUCCCCCUCUGCAGAAUAAACAGGUAGACAGUGUCAGUGGAAGUAAAACUCAGCAGCUCGAUUUUGUAUCGAGGGGAAAAUAAACCAUUUCUAGAGUAAAAACACAGUGAGUAUCUAAAUCUAAAGCUAUAAUCUAUAAACACACUGAAGUGACACUAGAUGCAGAAGAGUUUUGUGGGUUUGUACUGAAGGUUUAAUGUACACAGGUUGUUUUAGGACUUGAUACCGUGACUAUUUCCUGUAAGUGAACUCUGUGCUGAUACAGGGUUUGAUUUAACACACCGAUGUUGGAGUGAAGUAAACGUGUGUCCUGCUGUAAUCUGGAGAAGGAGACAUGACCUCCAACAUGAGUGUGUCUGGAAAACAGGACUUAAAGAAAGACGAGAGAAUGAUGGAGGGAAAGAGAUCAGACUCACCAGAACCCAGCUGUGUGUCCAUGAAGAGUGACGCGUCAAUGGAAGAUCCAAUAUACUUCAGAGACAGAGACAGUUCUACUGAUGUGAGACCACAAAAGAAAGAAUCAAACAUCAGCAGAAAUCAGUUAGAGUCCAUAUUCAAGGAGCUGGAACACAAAGUCAUCAUUCUGAUAAAGAAUGAGCUGAAGAGGUUUAGGAAGCUCCUGAGUCCAGAUUACCCAGCAUGCACUGAGAGGGAGGUGGAGGAUGAGGAGGAUCUGCACAGUGUCAGAGAGGGAGCGCUGAAGAUCACACUGCACGUCCUGAAGAACAUGAACCACACAGAUCUCGCUAACACACUGCACAACAAGUCUGUGGCCUCUGUGUAUCAGUCAAAGUUGAAAUCCAGCCUGAGAGAGAAGUUUAAAAGAAUUAAUGAAGGAAUCUCACAGCAUGGAAGCUCAGCACUUCUGAAUGAGAUCUACACAGAGCUCUACAUCACAGAGGGUUGGAGUGGAGACGUCAAUAAUGAACAUGAGGUGAGGCAGAUUGAGACAGCGUCCAGGAGACCAGCAACACAGGAGACACCCAUCAAAUGUAAUGACCUCUUUAAAGACAAGUCCAUCAGAACUGUGCUGACUAAAGGAGUUGCUGGAAUUGGAAAAACAGUCUCUGUGCAGAAGUUCAUCCUGGACUGGGCUGAAGAAAAAGCAAAUCAGGACAUCACCUUCAUGUUUCCACUUCCCUUUAGAGAGCUGAAUUUGAUGAAGCAGGAAAAUCUCAGUCUGAUGAAUCUUCUUCAUCACUUUUUCCCAGAAAUGAGAAAACUACAAUUAAUAGACUCCUACAAAGUGAUGUUGAUCUUUGAUGGUCUGGAUGAGUGUCGAUUUCCUCUAAAUUUCCAGAACAAUGAGAGAUUGUGUGAUGUGACGGAGUCAGACUCAGUGGAUGUGCUGCUGACAAACCUCAUCAAGGGGAAUCUGCUUCCCUCUGCUCUCCUCUGGAUAACCUCUCGACCAGGAGCAGCCAAUCAGAUCCCUCCUGAGUGUGUAGACCAGGUAACAGAGGUACGAGGCUUCAGUGAUCCUCAGAAAGAGGAGUACGUCAGGAAGAGGAUCAGUGAUCAGAGCCUGGCCAAUAAAAUCAUCACACACAUAAAGUCUUCAAGAAGCCUCUACAUCAUGUGCCACAUUCCAGUCUUCUGCUGGAUUUCAGCCACUGUUCUAAAGAGAAUGUUGGGUGAAGCAGAGAGUGGAGAGAUCCCCAAGACUCUGACUCAAAUGUUCACACACUUCCUGAUCUUCCAGAUCAAACAUAAGGACCAAAAGUACUAUCAGAAAUGUGACCCUGAUCCUCAGCAGACCAGAGAGAGUAUCCUGGCACUGGGGAAAGUGGCUUUCCAACAGCUGGAGAAAGGAAACCUGAUCUUCUAUGAGGAAGACCUGAAAGAGUGUGGCAUUGACGUCAGAGAAGUGUCAGUGUACUCAGGAGUGUGUACCCAAAUCUUCAGAGAGGAGUUUGGGCUUCACCUGGCGAAGGUGUUCAGCUUUGUACAUCUGAGUGUUCAGGAGUUUCUGGCUGCUUUAUAUGCAUUUCUCUCCUUCAUCACCAGAAAUGUAACAGAACAACAAAUCACUGAUCUGUCUGAUCUUUUCACAAAGUCAAACAUGUGUGAUUUCCUCAGGAGUGCAGUGGACAAGGCCUUACAGAGUGAGAAUGGACACCUGGACCUGUUCCUCCGCUUCCUUCUGGGUCUCUCCCUGGAGUCCAAUCAGACUCUCUUACGAGGCUUAAUGCCACAGACAGGAAGCAGCUCUCACAGCAAACAGGAAACAGUCGAGUACAUCAAGGAGAAAAUCAGGGAGAAUCCAUCUCCAGAGAAAUCCAUCAAUCUGUUACACUGUCUGAAUGAACUGAAUGAUCAUUCUCUAGUGCAGGAUGUACAAACUUACCUGAACAGAGAUUACUAUCGUCUCAGGGGAACCAGACUCUCUCCUGCUCAGUGGUCAGCUCUGGUGUUUGUGUUACUGAACUCAGAACAGGAGCUGGAUUUGUUUGAUUUAAGGAAAUAUGACCCUUCAGAGGAAUGUCUUCUGAGGCUGCUGCCAGUGGUCAAAGCCUCCAGAAAAGCUGACCUGCAUGAGAGUAAUCUGACAGAGGAAAGCUGUAGAGCUCUGUCCUCAGUUCUCAGCUCAACCUCCUCCAGUCUGAGAGAACUGAACCUGAGUGAGAAUAAACUGCAGGAUUCAGGAGUGAAGCUGCUCUCUGCUGGACUGGAGAAUCCACACUGUACACUGGAGAAACUGAGGUAUACACACACACUAUACUGGAGAUACUGAGGUUAGAUCAUCACUCUGUCACAUUACAAACAGAAUUGUGUGUGUGUGUGUGUGUAUAAAAUAUACAAAUAGUCAGUCUUUCUUUUAUGCACACACACAUGUAUAUAUACACAUUAUAUCCAUGACAUUUGAGCUACUUUUUAGGUAGCUAUAAAUUUUCGAAUAUGAUUUAAAUGUUUGUAAGAAACUGAAAUGUGUUUGUGAGAAUCAGAUUUACUUUCUAGAUUAAUUCUAUAUCAUGAAUAAAUAAAAACUGUACUGAUGAAUUCUAAUUUUAGCUGUUUUAGCUGUUUAGCCUUUCUUUUUGUCUCUG